AGAACGAGUUGUGUGCUAGCUCGCAGUGUUUAUUUUUAAUGUCCGCUUCCUAUUCCCAUAGAUCUGCUGUACAUUGGCUGUGUUGUUAAAAAGAAUUGUGUAGACUUCAGUAUAGUCAGUUUAUCAGUUUAGUCUUGUUAAUAUCGUCGUUUAUAUGAAGUUUUCUAAGUUCUGACACGAGGAUUAGUUAUAUACCAACAGUUACCAAGAGGGAGAACGGGUUCAGAGGGUACAGCACAUACAAGAUUGGAGGGUGUCCACUGAUCAUGUCCACAGACCGGGAGCCGCCUGUCUUUGCAAAACUUUUCCAUCUCAUCUUCCUCUCCACCUUUUGGGGCAUGCAGAUAUGGGUCACCUUCAUCUCUGGAUUUGUCAUGGACAGCCAUCUGAACAGACACACUUACGGCUUUAUUCAGAGUCGACUCUUUCCUUUCUAUCUGCACAUUGGUUCGGCCUGUGCUUUCUUCAACCUCACUGUUUUUGCAAUGUAUCAUCCCAGUAACCUGCUGGACGAUAAAGAGGCCUUUCAGAUCUUUGUUUUCUUCGUGUGUGUGACUGUGGCAGCCGUGAAUGCCCAGUGGUUUGGCCAGUUGACCUCCGAGAUUAUGGCGGACAUGCACAUGAUUGAGCAGGCUUGCGGGCUGGGCCAGGACAUUGGGCUCUCAUCCAACCGCGAAGCCUACUCCAAACUGUGCGAGAAAGACCCCAAGUACAAGCAGCUGAGCAAUCGAUUAUGGCUUUAUCACCUCCUCUCAUCCUUCUGUAAUCUCUGCUGUAUUGUGUGCAAUGGCUACAGCCUUUAUUACCUGGCAGAGAACCUUACAACCCUUUGAUUUUCAGUCAGAUCUUUUUUUAGCCAUUAUGUGCCCUACAAUAAGGUGUGCAUCACAUUCACACACCUAAUAUGUCUAUAUGCUGUCUGACACUCUUUAGAAUUUCUUGUUCUUUUCUUUUUCUUUCUUUUACAUUCUUACUGUGGUAUCAUCGCAUCUAGUGCAGUGCGGUGUCCAGUCUUAUUCGCAAAGGGUCAAAGUGGAUGCAGGUUUUCAGUCUAAUCCAGCAGAAGCUGCGCUUGAUUCCACCUGUUUAAUCAGUCGAUCUUGGCUUUAAAUAGACGAUCAUCGGUGGCUUCUGCUUGGUUGAAAUGAAAACCUGAACUCACACACAGACACGCUUGGACACCCCUGAUUUAGUGUAACAAAGGUUAUUCAAGCACAUAAGAUUCAUGAUGAAGUAGGGGUAGCCAAUAUGGCAGAAUUUAUUAACUCAUGAAUAAAUAGAGAUAUCAGAAUUAUUAGGUUUAGAUAUCAACACAAAAUCACAGAGCGAUUAUAAUCAAAGCAUCCACAAAAAUAAAUUAUAUAACACAGACACAUAAAGAAAGCAUAAAUAUAAAAAAACAUAAUUGAAACAUUAAAAAAAAGAUAAAUAAAGGUGCUUGUUUUUGUGAUUAUUAACUAAGUUGAUCUGGGUUAUAAAAGGGGACAAAUCACUAGCCUGGUGCUGGGUAGCUUGGGAUAAGAAUAUCUUAUGUACAGUCUGUUAUAUGUAUGUUAUGUUAUACAUAUAUAUUUUUUACGAAGCAGAAAAGGCAGGUGACUGGGGAAGCACACUAGAACUUCCAUGUACCUGAAAAUAUUGCAGAAAUGACAUCUUAGCAAGUUAAUUUAUCUUGAAUGAAGUCAAACUGAUCUAGCAUUUCCUGUAAAUAGAUUACAAGAAGCCAAAUAUGGCUGAACCUAUUUCUAGACAUUUUUACUCAUUUCAAGCUCUAUUAGCAAAAAUUCUAAGUAUUUAUUUCUAAGAAAAGACAAAAAUGAUCUGCCAAAAAAACAGUUUAAGCUUAAAUAUAAUAAAAUACUCUGUGACUUCGAUCAUAGCGUAGUUGAUGUGAAUAUUAACUUGACCUGUAUCUGCAUGACUUUAUGCAUUGCUGCCACCGAUCAGCUAAAAAUGCAUACAUUAGGUGUUCCUAAUUAAGUGGCGGGUGAGUGUAUGUCUAGAAAUUGGCUUAAUAGUCUCAUAUUUGGUUUAAACUAAUAGAAGAGUUAUCAGAUAAAGGUGACUACACUUGGCGGCACGGUGGCUUAGUGGUUAGCACGUUCGCCUCACACCUCCUGGGUUCGAGUCUCACUCCCGCUCACUGUGUGUGUGGAGUUUGCAUGUUCUCCCUGUGCUUGGUGGGUUUCCUCCGGGUGCUCCGGUUUCCUCCCAAAGACAUGCUACUAGACUGAUUGGAGUCUCUAAAUUGCCCGUAGUGUGUGAUUGCGUGAGUGUGUGUGUGUGUGCCCUGCGAUGGGUUGGCACUCUGUCCAGGGUGUAUCCUGCCUUGAUGCCCGAUGACCCCUGAGAUCACAGGCACUGGCACAGGCAAGGCUCCCUGUGACCCGAGUAUAGAUCGGAUAAGCGGUACAGACAAUGAAAUGCUUCUUGCUAAGAUGUCAUUUUCUGACACGUCAUCAUUUGUGUUGCUGAAUGUAGUCUGCUGAAAUGAAAAAAGGAAAAUCUAGAGCAUUAUAAUCUCCGGUGUUCUGAUUUAGCAAUCAUAAUCUUCUUACUGUUUUUUUUUCCCCCUUCACUUUUUUGAAUGUGGUAACAUAUAGUUGCUGGUUUUAUGUGACCUUAUACAUUUGUGCCAUAUUCUUUUCCAUCAUAAGCUAUUUUUCCCCCUGGAGCUGGUAUCCCAGGAAUGUUAGCAGUACUAAAUUUUCCUGUAGUGUGCUUCUGAAUUUAUUCUUUUCUCACAUUGACCAAAAAAAAAAAAAAAAAAAAAAUCUUCGGAAAUGGACUAAUUGAAAUGCCUUGUCUUUCCCAGCCCUGCCUCUUUACCACUCGAGUCAUGCAGGUUGUGCAGGUUACACUGCUUCAUGGCUAGUCACUGCUCUGUGCACACCUAAAGCAGCUAUGACACUGUGCAGUUCAACACAGAAAUGGCAUCAGCUCUGUGUUUUAGUUAUUUUUAUCAAAGAGUAGCACUGUAAUGCAAAUUAAUGUCUUGACUAAAAGUAUAGAAUGGGUACGUGUACAUAUAUCAAGCUUAUAAACGAGUAUUGAUUAGUGUUGAGAGAACCUGUCAUUAUUUUGUACGUUUCGGGCUUAUUUUGCUUUUGAAAUGCAAACUCUGGAUGGAGGUCUGGAUUGAAUUUCAUUUCAUGUCGUCAUGCAAUAUUAUACACUUCCAUGAUAUGAUCCUAGGCUGAAAAUCUUGUUUGCCUCUCUUUUCCUGUAGCAUCCUUAUCUAGUAUUUGUUUAAGGGCAAUGACAAUGUAUUUGUGCCUUAACUAGCCUUUAAGAAGUAUUUAGACUAGAUACUAAAACAGGAAUUUCAGUAAUUAAGCUGGUGAUGCUUAAAAUCUAUCCCUGGAAUAGAUUCUAUUUAAUAACUGCAAAUGAGCCAGCAGCAAAUUUAAUAGCUUUUUUUGUUAACUGAUGCUAUAUUUCAUGCAAUGUCUAUGGGUAGAAUUAUAGAAUUUUCAAUUAUAGUGAUGAAGCCCAGAAUUCAUUGGUAUUAGUCCUUAUGGGCCGUAUGAGUGGGGCAUAAUAUAGGAAUGUGUUUGCAGUGGUGCUGGUGUGUGUGUGAUUAUGCUGGAUUAAUAUACAAUGUUAAACGGUGAAUGUUGUUUCCUUUUUUAAUUUAUUUAAAAAGGGUCAAUGUAUUCUUUAGGUAUUUAUGACUUAUACUGUAGUAUUGACAUGUUGUACCUUUGUGUUACAUUUUUAAAUAAAAGGCUGGUACUCAACAAUUAUCUCUGAUGACAACUAACACUUGGAAGACCAAAAUUAAGAAAAGCGUCUUGCUGUGAUAUAAAUGGUGAACCACUGGGGGGUGCCAUGGGAUCUUGUACUAUUUUUGUAAUGUAGUUCUCAUCAUUCCAUUCAGUGCAGUGAUAAUCAUUAAAAUAAUCAUGUAGGAGUUAUUAUAUUACACAGAGGCACACAGGCUGAUAUGUAAUAAUUAAUGAAACAAUUCCACACAAAUUAAAGAUGUAUGUUCAAUUAUAUGUUUUUAUUUAUUCUGAGCCUGAUUAACAAUUGUAUGGUUCUUACAAGCUUUCAUAAACAAAUGACCUCAUGUAACAGACAAAACCCACAACAGAUAUCAUAAUGUAGUCAUGUUUUCCAAAAUGUAAAUCAACAUUCAGAAACCAGACAGGAAACAAAAUAAGUCCGCCCUUUCUACUUCCAAAAUUAGCCAGGAGUUGCUAAAUGUACAAACAAAUUCUUCUGGAGCAUCCAAGAAGAAAGGAUAUUAACACACACACACACACACAUAUCUGAAGUCACACUAAUUUCCUAUAAAUUUUAACUAUGUUUUUCCAUAGUGACAGUUUUGAAACCCAUCACCUCCCUAUUUCUUCCCUACUAUUUAUUAACUCAAGCACUAAGUAGAAGCUUUCACUUAAAGUCCUAAGUGAAGGUGUGGACUAAACUCACAAGCAUGUUAGAUGCCAGUAAAAAAAAAAAAAAAAAAAAAAA